UUUGCUUUUGGUAUUUGAGAUAUGGGUCUUGAACUGGCUCAUCACACUAUAUAUCUAACGGUUACCGAUUACCCGCACGCCCUAAAACCUCGAUCCUUUCAGACAGAAUCGUCUAUACAGUCGUCCCUUUAACGUAGGUUGAAAGUAAGUCAUCUCACAUUGAUUGGUUUGAAGAUGGAUUGGCAAGGGCAGAAGCUAGCCGAGCAGCUGAUGCAGCUGAUGUUGGUAGCUUUUGCAGUAGUUGCAUUUAUUGCAGGCUAUGUUUUGGGGUCAUUUCAGACCAUGUUGCUUAUUUACGCAGCUGGAGUUGUAUUAACUUCUCUUAUUACCAUUCCCAACUGGCCGUUCUUCAAUCGUCAUCCUCUGAGUUGGUUAGACCCAAGUGAAGCUGAAAAGCAUCCCAAACCACAGCCUGCCAGUUCGGGCCCGAAAAAGAAGGCAUCUAAGAAGGUCAAUUGAAUAGUCCACAUCAGUUUUCAUACUUGUUCACAAGUUUCUCACUCAAGGAUGUAUAAGAUACAUACAUUUCUUAGUCGAUUGGGGGUUAAUGACACUGACUGCGCUGGCUUCUAUUGAUAGUUUACAAUUUGAUCGGACUCUAGCUCCAUAUGGUUUUCUGAUAGCUAGUACUAUACAAUAGACUCUUUUUACUGUGGGACACUCUUAACUGCGCCAUCUGGCACAUCCUUAUGAAAUCAUAACACCUAUAAAAAUGUCUCUGCAUGCAACUGAACUUCAUCUUUGAAGACAUGUAUCACUUCAUAUAUCACAGACCUAUAAAUAUCAUUUAAAGUAUCA